GACAAGAUGAUUUUUACUCUGCGAUGUGUGUUUCUGUGGCUUCUUAUUUGCCCUGCUGUGUUUGCACAAUGCUCCAAAGAUCUGGAGUCUAAUAGGAUACGUCAAAUCAUCCAGAAACUCUGCAGCCUGGGCGAAAUGCGACCGGUAAGAUGUAUGGAUGAGGCAGAAAAUAUGAAGAUCGAAAGUCCAAAUUUCUCGAUACAGGAGGAGAGCAGGCUGCUGGUGUUGGAAAUGUCGUUUCAGAAAGUUUCUGAUCUUCUGAUGAAGAACACGUCCACAGAGUGGAAUUCCAGUGAGCUGCAGCAAUUGAAGAAUUAUCUCGGACUCCAGAGACAAUUCUACACAACAUGUAAUCCGGUUGCCAGCUCUGUUCAUGUCGAAGUGGAAAACUGGAGCGCUUUUUGGAGAAGUCUGGAUGAUUUUCUGUCAGAAAAGAGUUUCAGCUCGUGCGCAUGGGAAAGCGCGCGCACUGUCAUUCUUCAGGUGACCCGCAGUUUCUACAGAACUACUACAAAAUCACCAAGACCUAUCAGAAGCUGCUAAUAUCUACUGUAAA